AUGGACCAGAGAAGGAAGAAAGGCCCUUUGAGAAUAUCCGAAAGGGAUAAUUUGACUGCUGUACACAUCGAUUUCUUCCUCUACAGAGCUAAUCAAUUCUCAUUAGAAAUGUCUCUGAAAGCAAUUCAUGUAUCGGAGGUACCGAGCCUCGACCACUUCCCUGAGAACCCCUCCCUCUGCCCCUCUCGUUUCAAGAUCCCCAAGUUUUUGGUGGUUGGGCAUAGAGGACACGGCAUGAACAUGUUGCAGUCGCCGGAUCCAAGGUUCACUGCUCUCAAGGAAAACUCCAUCCUCUCCUUCAAUGCCGCUUCUAAACUCCCUCUAGACUUUAUCGAGUUUGAUGUUCAGGUCACCCGAGAUGGCUGCCCAGUCAUUUUCCACGACGACUUCAUCUACUCGGAAGACAACGGAGUGGUGUACGAGAAGAGGGUCACGGAGGUUAGCUUGUCGGAGUUCAUGUCCUACGGGCCACAGAAGGACACAGGGAAGAUAGGGAAACCACUGUUAAGAAAGUCAAAGGAAGGGACGAUCCUCAAGUGGAGCGUCCAAGGAGACGACUCUCUCUGUACUCUCCAGGAGGCUUUUGAGAAGGUGGAGCCCAAGCUGGGUUUCAACAUCGAGCUCAAGCUUGAUGACAACCUCGUGUACCCAUCCGAUCGUCUCUCCCGUCUUCUUCUCCCAAUCUUGCAGGUGGUGUGUGAUUAUGGAAAAGACAGACCCAUCAUCUUCUCCAGCUUCCACCCCGAUGCUGCCCUUCUCGUCAGGAAGUUUCAGAGCACCUAUCCCGUAAGUACCCUUCACCUCUGUUCCCAAAAGCUAAGCUACGCACUUUCCCACUUAACUUCUCCUCCGUGGAAUGAAAAACAGGUCUUCUUCUUGACAAACGGAGGAACAGAGUUGUACUGCGACGUGAGAAGGAAUUCGCUGGAGGAAGCAAUCAAAGUAUGCCUAGAGGGAGGCCUUCAAGGGAUUGUGUCGGAGGUGAAGGGCUUGUUCCGGAACCCAGCCGCAGUCAACAGGAUAAAAGAAUCAAAGCUCUCGCUCAUGACAUACGGCAAGCUCAACAAUGUGGCUGAGGCCGUGUAUAUGCAGCAUUUGAUGGGAAUAGACGGAGUCAUAGUGGAUCAUGUGGAGGAGAUGACAGAGGCUGUGAGGGAGAUGAUGAAGCCACCCAACAGAGAUGCUCAUGAUACUAAGCUAAAGCCAAACUUCUCUGAGAGAGAGCUCUCCUUUCUUCUCAAGCUCAUUCCUGAGCUGAUACAGCACUAA